GACACACACCAUAGAGACUUGGCGGGCCGCGAUCCCAGCCCGCCUCAAAGGAGACCAUAGAGAUUUGGCGGACCGCGAUCCCAGCCCGUCGGCCGGAAGUGCCCGGUGCGAGCAGGCCCCGCUCUUUCCCGUCAGGCCCCGCGGCUUCCGGCGAGGCGGGAUGGAGCUGCCGGAGGGUAUCGGGACCCCCCCACCCCCUCCCGGGACCCCCCCCCGUUCCCCCUCAGGGUCCCCCCCGCCCCCCCCGCUCUGCCGGGAGCUGUGGGGUUCCCGUGAAGCCGCUCGUUACCAAGGGGACCCCCGGGGGGGGCUCCAGCGCCUCAUCCCCCCCGGUGUCUGCCCGCCCUCCGGCCUGCGCCGCGCUGCCGCUCGGGUGCUGCUGCCCCAGGGGUACCCCGAGAGCGUCAGCCCCGAUUACCUGCAGUACCAGUGCUGGGACGCCCUGCAGGCGCUGUGCAGCACGCUGGCGGGGGCUCUGGCCACCCGGGCCGUGCUCCAGGCCGUGGGGGUGGGUGACAGCGCCGCCACCGUCACCGGGGCCACCGUCACCUGGGUGCUGCGCGACGGGGUGGGGAUAGUGACCCGCAUCAUCUUCGCCUGGAUCCAGGG